AUGUUCGCUGGUUCCGGUCGUCCUUCUAAAGAAGAAGUCAAGCAAUAUGAUAACCUUGCUAUUUCUGAAAUAAAGAAAGGUGCUUCUGUUGCUGCCAUUCUUGCUUUGACUCCUUUUGUCAUCUCUUUCGUCAAGAACUUGCGCGCUUAA